UAAAAAAUUAGUGAAAAAUUAGUUUUUCUUAUGACUUCCUCGGCUAGUUUUUUAAUGAACCUCAAAAUUUCAAUCUCUGCCUAAUUCACUGCUGCCCCACGAUUAUUUCCGUCUCAGCCUUUUGGAUUCUUUGGCUUUGGUAUUGAUUCCCUGUCCUGGCUCUCCGGUGGUGAACGAUUCCCCAUCCUCUAUCUCUGGUGGUGAAUGAUUCCUCAUUUUCUCUCUCGCCUUCGAUGCUUGCUGCAGCCAUGGGGCGACUAUGAGUCUCAUCGAGAUCGUUGUGCUGUUGUUGUAGUCCACGAAGCUUACCUCUCAAAUUAUUGAUAUAUAUGGUGUAUGAUGUUACUAGUCCCCAAUUUCAAAAUAUGGCUUCAGAAGAUCCGUCUCUGGAUAUUGAAUUUGAGAAUAUGGAAGAACGCCUAAUUUAGAAGCACAAAUUUUAUGACAUGCUAAAUGAAGCUAAAGAGGAAUUGUGGCUUGGUUGUGACAGGCAUUCACAAUUGUCACCUAUAACUUGGAUGUUGAAUAUUAAGUUGGAGCAUCAUUUGUUUGAGAAAUACUACGAUGCAGUUGUGAAUUUCAUUGGGGAAUUAUUACCGGAUGAUAAUAAGUUUGCUGAUAGUUUUUACAAGACAAAGAAGCUUAUACAUGGGUUAGGUCUACCUAUUGAGAAAAUUGACUACUGCAAGCUUGGUUGCAUGAUUUAUUGGGGGGAAAUAGUAGUUUAACAGAAUGUAAAUUUUGUGGGCAAGCAAGAUAUAAGUUUCGAAGUGGGUUAGAGAAGGCAAAAGUAGUAUGUCAGAGAAUUUAUUAUUUUCCUUUGACACCAAGACUUUAAAGACUAUAUGCUUCUGAUGCAACAGCUGCACACAUACUGUGGCAUAAUGAGCAUAACAUGGAAGAUGAUGUCAUGUGUCAUCCAUCUAAUUCUGAGGCAUGGAAGCACUUUAACCGUACCCAUACACCGUUUGCAGCUGAAAGUCAAAAUGUUAGGUUGGGAUUAUGUACUGAUGGGUUUCAACCCUUUGGACAGUCAGGACAGUAGUAUUCAUGUUGGCCAAUACUAAUUACACCCUACAACUUGCCUCCUGGUACAUGUAUGAAGGAGCCUUAUUUAUUUUUAUUGAUAAUAAUACCUGGACCACAAAAUCCCGAGGAACAGUUAGAUUUUUAUUUACAGCCAUCAAUUGCUGAACUAAUUCAGUUAUGGGAAGUGGGUGUGUAGACAUAUGAUGUAUCUAAGAAGCAGAAUUUUCAAAUGAGAGCUGCUCUAAUGUGGACAGUUAGUGAUUUCCCUACUUAUUCAAAGUUGCCUGGGUGGAGCAUCGCAGGGAGAUUAGCGUGCCCCUACUGUAUGGAUCAUUCAGAUGCAUUUUCACUCAGUCAUGGAGAGAAAAUUAGUUGGUUUGACAAUCACUGUAAGUUUCUUUCAUAUAACCAUCUAUUUAGAUAGAACAAGGUAAAUUUCCUUAAAGGAAAAGCUUGCAUAUUUGAGUCUCCAAUUCUAAGCAGUGAAGACAUUUUUUUGCAGAUAAAGGAUUUGGGGUUAAGGAGAGUAACAGACAUUGAUGGUGAAGCAGUCAAUUCUGUCAUAACCAGAAACACAGGUUGGUAGAAAAAGAGCAUAUUUUUGGAAUUUACCAUAUCGGUCUUUCAUUCUCAUUCGAAAUAACUUAGAUUUCAUGGACAUCAAGAAAAAUAUCUUUGAAAAUACUUUCAACACGAUGAAUAUAGAAGGGAAAACAAAGGAUAAUGCAAAAUUUAGGGAAGAUAUGGCACAUUUAUAUCGUAGAAAAGAAUUAGAGAGAAAUGUGCAAAUGGGUAAAUAUCCUAAGGCUUGCUAUGUUCUUGAUAAACAGCAGAGGCAUGUUAUAUGUAAAUGGGUAAAAAACCUUAAGUUUCCAUAUGGGUAUUUGUCCAACCUAGAAAGGUGUGUUGAUAUGCAGAAGUGCAAGCUUUUUGGCAUGAAGAGCCAUGAUUGUCAUGUAUUUAUGCAGAGGUUAUACCCAUUGCAUUUCAUGAGCUCCUUCCGAAUACAGUUUGGCAAGAAUUAACCGAGUUAAGCUUAUUUUUCAAACAUCUUACUUUUACAAAUAUUAAGGUUUAAGAUAUGGAGCGUCUGGAAGCAGAAAUUCCCAUUAUUAUUUGCAAAUUAGAACGCAUAUUUCCUUCUACCUUUUUUGACUCAAUGGACUAUCUUCCAAUCCACUUGCCAUAUGAAGUAAAAAUUGCAGGCCUAGUACAAUAUCGAUGGAUGUAUCAUUUUGAAAGGUAAUAAAUACUUCUUAUUUUUCUUUAAAUGUUAUGAAAUGUAUCGUAAACUUUUUGUAAGCCAUUUGCCUAUAAUUUUUUUUAAUUUUUAGAUUUCUCUGCCACCUGAAGCAAAAUAUAAAGAACAAAGCAAAAGUAAAAGGUUCAAUAUGUAAUGCGUACUUAGUUGAAGAAGCAACCAAUUUUGGUGUGCAUUACUUUAAACCUCAUGUGAUAGCACAGGAUUGACAAGUGCCCCGUAAUGAUGAUGGUGAUGUUGAUAUCAAAGGAAAUUUAUUAAUUUUCAAGUAUCUCGAUCGAUCGUAUUGUACAAUAAAAAUGAGGAUGGUGGCUGAUGAUGAAUAUAAAACUGUCCAAAUAUAUGUCCUACUAAAUUGCCCUGAAAUUAACACGUAUGUGAAGCAAGUUUAUUAACUACCCAAAAUUUAAGUUAAAUUUCUAAAAGUCAUUAUGAAUUUUCCUUUCCCUCUAAGAAUCGUCCAAUUUAAUUGUAUAUGUAGUUUGUUCCUAACUGAAUUGUGACAGACGUCACAUAAUAUUAGUGAUGCAGAAGUUGAUGAAGCACUAUAAAAAAGAUUUGCGAAUUGGUUUAAAGGUUAUAUAAGUAUCAAUUUAUUUAACUCAUUUCAUUAUCAAUCUUCAAAUAAUAUAAUACAUAAUAAUAAGGAUUUCAAUUCUCUUUAACUUAUCAAGCAAGGCAUUUAAACAUUAAUAAUAAAUUCAUUAAGGAUUUAACAGAAGGACCAUUUAGAAGUUUGAAAUCACAUCCUGUGUAUUUCAUAAAUGGUUAUAGAUUUCACACAAAUAGUCAUGGUGUUAAUCGAUCCACAAUGAAUAGCUGAGUUUGCAUUAGGAGUUUAAUAUAUGGUGACAACUCCAAUAACUACUAUGGUAUCUUGAAAGAGGUAGUUCAACUUGAGUACCCUGCAUUACCAAUAAAGAGAACUAUUCUCUUCAAGUGUGAAUGGUUUGAUCGAACUUCGGAUGUUGGUAUUAAGGUUCACAAACACUAUAACUUAGUGGAUAGCAAUCACAAGAAAAGAUUAAAUAAAUAUGAACCAUUCACACUUGCUUCACAAGCUGAACAAGUGGUUUAUAUCUCGUAUCCUAGCUUGAGAUGAGACAAAACUGAUUGGUAUACCAUAGGCAAAGUGAAGCCUAGAUCUGUUAUCAUCAUGCCUCAGACAAAUGUAACGGAGCAAAUAACAGACCAAGCAUUUCAAGAUGAGGUAGUAGAAGUGUUACAAAUUGAUAUAGAAGUAGAAGAGCAAAAGAUUGGACCAUUAGAUGAUUCAAGUAGUGAACCACUAGAGCUUAAAACUGUUGAAGAAGAGGAACUAUUGGACGAGGCAGAUCUAAAUUAUACAAUGAAAAGCAAUGAAGAAGAACUUCUUGAAUAUGAUGAUGAUAGUGAAGAUGAUAGUAAAUAAAUUGUAUUAUAAUGGAUAAUGAUCUAAAUUUCAAAAGCAAUAUAUAAUUUAACUUUAAAGUAAUGAUUGUGAUAUUAUCAUAUUAUUGAUUUCUAUUAUUUUACAAUUUAACUUUAUAAAUUAUUUGUGAGAAGGAGAUGUGUAUAAUAAAUGUGUAAGUCAAGAUGGCAUUAUUAUUAUUAUUAUUAUUAUUAUUAUUAUUAUUAUUAUUAUUAUUAUUUACAGGUUGUAUUGUUGAAAUUUUGGGAACGUCCAAUUUUUAAGGGAGGUUUUGCUAGAUAUUUGGUACAAAUAGAAUAAAUUUUAUUACAAAUUAACUUUUCUUACCAUGUUUAUUUAAUUUACAAGUAUGGUUAGGAGCAGACACAGAGCAGGUGCUUCUCGUGAUGUUAACAUGGGAACACCUGUGCCAUCUGAAGGAGGCGAGCCUUUGACACCUCAGUCACAGCCGUUGGUGCAGUUCAAUGCACUAGUGGUUAGCCAAGAGGCUGCACCUGUGGAUGGCAUGGAAGAUGCACCAGGGUCAUUACAUGAGUCUAUAGUUCUUAACUCACAGGAUUCUCUUCCAUCCUCUAAAGUGGAGAUUGAUUCUUUAGGGCGACAACGGUUACAACUUUGUGAUGGCAACUUAUUGGGUGGAUCUACAAUCACUCGCAUGAUUACAAGCACCUUUAAGCAAUGGUUCGACACUGAGGAUGUCAAUUGGAAGGCUGUAUCGAAGGAGACAAAAGAAUUUUACUGGGAAGUGUUGCAACGUAUUUUGCGGUUGCCAGGAAAUUGACACUGAAGUGGAAAGGUGAGGAGUCGCCACUCUAAUUUUUGCGGGAAAAAUAGAGAAAACCUUUUAUUAUAUUUUCAAAACUUUUGUUUUAAAGAAAAUGAUCUACUACUAUUCCGGAGAUUUAAGGUUCGGGGUUCUUAUACGUAUGGGGAAGGUGUUAAGCAUCCCACAUUGUCCCAAAAGGGUAGAUGGAUUUAAGGAUGUGCUCAAAUGAAUUAAUGUCAAUAAUUUGAAAUGGAGCUUAAUUUGUAAUAUUGGUUCCUUGCAUUUGAUCGAAAAUAAAA